CCGGCCUGCAGGAGAAUGAACGAUCAGCUGUGGCACAUGCCUAGCUUCUCUUUCAUUCAGAAUGCCAGGAUGUGAAUGAUUUUAAGCCACGACGAGUAUACAUCAGUUGAACAGAAUCGUUAUCAUGAGUAAAAUUGUUGCGCUGGACGAUGUCAAACAAGGUUGGUGGGAUAAAUUGAAGGACCCCGUUCCAGAGCAGUUGCAAUGCAAGAAAGCGCAAUGCAGCUUUGCGCCUGAGGGUCAUAAAAAACACGGAGUUGUUGAACGUAGCUACGCACUCGCCGAAACGCGUCUAAUUAUCCAGUACCUGGUUCAUUACCAGAUGAUAAAUUACAGUAAAGGCAUGAGCGUGUGGGAAAAGAUGAACUCGCGUGGGUAUCUGACACAUCGGACGCCACAAUCACUCAACAAUCAUUUCAGGCGAACGAUCUUGCCGAACAUACGCAGCUACAAGUUGCCCGACGAGUUGGAGAGCAAGUUCUUGGAACUGCGCGCAGCGCGAUGAAUAAUUUCGUU